AGCGCCAUCUAUAGUUCUAAUGUCGUCGAGUGGAAAAGGAACAUUGAAUCCAACUUUCCGCGGGACAGGGGAAAUAGAAAACAUGUUUAUCAAGACCAGGCGAAAACUGAGGGGACCAUACUAUUUACUACGACGACGAUAAAUAGAAAAUAGUUUCAUAUAUUCAUUAAGGGUUUCAUUUCUUAUAAAACUUAAGGGGAAAAUGGGGAUCAAACGCAAGUCAGAUGAAAUGGAAUUGGAGGGAAAUCAAAGACAAUCUGUUUUAAAUAUAUCCAUGUGUAAGCUCCAAAACCCGACAGGGAAAAAAGUAGAGCCAUCGCUUCUUAAAUCUGUACUUAUUUUAAACACUUUGAAACAUAUAGAAACAGAACUUAGAAAAGAAGGCAUAAGUAGCGAGUUGCCACCCUCUGCCAGUCUCUCAUUUCACAAUAAUUCCGAAAACUUCACCAUGGAUGUACUUCCUCUGGAUUCCUUAGAUGGUUCCAGUGAUUACAUAGAACAAGACAUGUCGGACCUUCACAUCAAUGGAAACCUCCAUCAGGGGAUGGACAGUGCCGAGGACCAAAGCAUUUCCAAAGCACCUCUCCCUCCAUUUGAGACAUUUGUAGAACUUUCUAACUCAAGCAAUCACAAUGCCAACAGCUCACCAAAGAAUAAGGUCUCAGGCCCAAAAUUUGACAUCUGGAGCUCCAGCCUUCCGACCAACAUACCCUUCAAAAUGGAGGAUGUAUUUGGUGACACCGAUUUAUCCCAGUGUGACUUUGAUAUCUUUACAUCACUCUCAUCAACUAUCAAGUUGACACCUUUAAGUGCCGAGGAGGUUCUUCAUUCAUUUCCCUCCAAUACUUUGUCCGAUUCUUACCAAACUUUCCUGUCAACGUCAUGUAAAAGCGAUAUUCUUCCAGAGGAAAUCGACAAUAUUAUGCAGAUUUUGGUAGGAACGUAGAAUCCGCUGCCAAAGUGAACAGGGAUGUUGGACUACUGAUAUAGACGAGAGGUUUAUUCUUUCACCCUAUGGCAGCACGAUUGUUUUACUGUUGAAGAUUUUUAAGUAUGAUGAAAGUGUGUUAUUUAUCGACUGUAUGUUGCUAUAUAUAUAUAUCACGAAUCAAAAUAAUUGUACCACUGUGUACAUUUUGUGAUUUGGAGCCAAGCACUCCAGGAUUGUGCAAUUUCAUUGUCAAUUUUAUUGCAAUGCUUGCCAGCAAAGGAUGUAAAUAUCCCAUAAUUAAUUUAUUGACAUUGCUUCAUAUGCAUUUGAUUUCAUGUAAAUAAAUGUAUAUUUAUAAGAAUAUUUGAAGAGAAUUAUGAUACUGAUUGUGAGGUUUUUACCUGAUGUUGAGAAUUCUAUAUGUAUUUUAUAUGUUUUUUAUUGUAUAAAUUAUAUUUAUCAUUAGAUAGGUAUAUGAUGUCAUAGAAUUUUAAUGCCGAAGUCACUUUGCAAUAUUCACACACUGUGAUAUUAAUGGACUGCUGGCCUGACUAGUACCAUAUUAAGAGGCAAGUGAUCAAAUACAAGUGAACAAACCUCUGGAGAAUUACCAUGUACUGUUUGUUUUUUGAGAUAUCAGAUACCGGUCUUUUACAGACUUGUUUGGUAUGUAGCUCUCUGAGUGUUACAUUUGAUGCUUAUUAGAGAUUGUAGGUUAAAGAUACUGCCCGAGAUUGUUAAACAAGGAAAAGGAGAAAAAUAGUUUAGUUGACAUCAAAAUCCAUUUAUAUUUGUAACAUCUGUCAUUGAGAAGAACAGUGGGUAAAAAAUCAUAUCACAAAACUGUUCCACUGGAAGCCAUUUGUAAAUAUUGCAUCAUCAUGAUAACUCUCAUGUCAUCAGCAUUGGUUGUAAAGAGUAAGAAACAUUAUUUCUAUUCAUGUUUUCUCAUUUGUUUUUUCCCUGUAUAAUUUUAUUUAUUGUAUCUAUUUAUAUUUCAUAUAUAAUAUUUAUACUUGGUAUCAAGACAUGUUUGUAAGACUAAGGGAAAUAAUCUCUGUUGAUGAUCUGUUGAUAUUUUAAGCAACAGUAUUACAUUUUAAUAUACUGAACUUUUUAUAUUUGAUAAUGUUACCAAAAACUCCUUACUUUGAGGGUUAGAGGGAAAUAAUUAAAAACAAGAUGUUUUAAAGGGGAAAAUGUUUAACUUUGUAGACCAUAGAACUAUCACAAAGUUUCAUAAAUCUCCUUUGCCAUUUUUUAGAAGUAUUGAAUUUUAUAAAUGGUUUUUACACUGCAUUGAAAUGAGAUUCAUGGCGAUGAAUUAUAGUGGAUGCUAAUUUUAUUGGGGGGGGGGGGGGACUUGUCAGAAACACAGACAAAUACAAGUGUUAUUAGAUAUAUAGAAAGGGUCAUUACAGAGCACCAAAUAGAAGGGGUAUUAAACUGGUGUUUGUAUCCCCCUUUUUACUUAGCAUGACAUUUUACUACUUACUUGCAAUUAUGAAGAUACGCAAUCUUUGUUCAUUGUUAUCAUAGAGUAUUAAGUUUAUUCUGUAAAUAUGGUAGAUAUUUCUACAGCAUUCAAACAGGGUUGCAGAUGCAUAAGUUUAUCAAAAUCUUUCUAGAUUGACAGUACCAUUGGCUGUGUUUUUGCCAGGACAUAACUCUAUGCACACACUGUCCUCUUUCAUGUUGUAGCCCAUCGCGUUCAUCAGUUGUACUUCAAUAAAUUUUAUAUAUAAGUGAAAAA